AGAUAGUUUGUUAUCGAAUUCCAAUCGAUUUGACAGAGAAAUCUUCUUCAAAAGAUGAGAUUUCUUACAUGUUGGAAAAAUCUUUUUGGAUGAAUGAUAACAGCACAAACAGUAGUAUAUUGGAUAAUCACAAUCACAAUCAUAAUAAUAAUAACAAAUCAAAAAUAUCAUCUAUUGAGCCAGAUAAUUUGAUAAUAGUAACAACGAAUUCAUCAUGUUGUGAUAAUUUUCUUCGAUGUUUCUCUCUUCCACUGAAUUCUAAUGGAAAUAACAAAAGUUUGAUAAAAGAUUGGACAAUUGAUUUUUACUGGAAUCGUACACCAGAAAUGUAUGAAUUUGGUGAAGAAGGUUGGAGUAGUGUUGGUUCACCUGUUGGUGCAUUAUCAGGUGUUUAUGAUCUGGUUGAUGUAAAACUAAAGUAUCGUUUUGAUAGAAAUUCCGGAUUUGACUUUUUAAUAAAUGGAAAUGAUACUAAAGAAUUUAUUGUACAUAGUUUAGCUGAAAAGCGUUUACAAGCUAGAGUUGGUGAUUAUUAUGAAUGUGUUUCAGAGACACAAUUGAUUUUUGAUACAGAAAAUAGUACAGUAGUUAAUUCGAAUAAUAAUUAUAUAAAAUUAUAUAAUGAUCAAUGGAAUAUUAUAAUGAGUUUACAAAGUGUACGUUCUCAAGCAUUUGCUGAUGUCAAUGUACCAGAAUUUACUGGAGCAAGUGUUGUAUGUGCUGGUGAUAAUUCACAUGAUAUGAGUCUAUCUAUUGCAAUUGGUUUAUCAUUAUGUAGUUUAGUGAUUUGUGUAUUAUUCGGUUUAGCAAUUAAUCAUUUCAGACAAAAAGAUGAAGUCUUUAAAGCUGUGGAUACAACAGGAGAUGAUCAGAAAUCAUGAUUAUGAAUACUUUUGUCAAAUUUCAUACAUUUAGUAUUGUCAUCACAUUCAUGACUUAAAUUACUCAUGUUUUGAAUUUAUCAUUAUUCAUUAUUAUAUUAGUCACUUGAACCAGAUCAGUAAAAGUUUUGUAAGUUGAAGACAGCUGAUAGUCUAUGCAUUUUUUCUCUUUUUUUACAUUUAAUUAUUUCUAUUCUAAUUUUAGAAUAAAUACUACUUAUAGAA